CCCUCCCCCAGCUAGCAGCGGUAGCUAACAAGUUAGUGGUGCUAGCAGUGGCUAAGCUACAUGCUAGCUGGCGCUUUGAGAAGAUGGCAACGGACUGGCAAACUUCAGCUAUUGAGCAAGCCGAAUUGAUAUCCAGUCGUCUCAGAGAGCUGUUAUCCACCGGGGAGGGAUAUAUCCGAUCGGAGUUUGGGGUGGAAUUGGGACUUACGCCUGAGCUGUACCCGUCAUGGGCGAUUCUCUCCGCUGUGGCCGCGGUGGGGCUGCUGGUCCUGUCGUGGGCCGCGGUCUGUAGCGGACUCUUCGGUGGGAAAAAGCUAGGAGCUCCGGUUACACAAGACAGUGGUGAUUCCCUCAAGGCCCAAGUGAAUAAGAUUGUGAAGCCCGAGGCACAAAAUAAAAAGAGUAAAAAGAAAUCUACUGAAAAGAAGGCUCAGUAUAAUGGACGAACAGUUCCAGAGCCUCAGGAGGAAGUGACAGAAGAAAUGACCAAACCUUCCCCAGAGAUUACAGUUGAGGUGAAGAAAACCAAGAAGAAAGCCAAACCCGAGGUGAAACCAGCCAAGAGGGUUUCUGCUGGCGAUGGCAAAGAGCCUGAUGAUGGUGCGUGGGAGACUAAGGUGAGUAACCGGGAGAAGCGUCAGCAGAAGAGGAAGGAGAAGGGGUCUGACGGGUCAGGAAGCCCGGAGGGGGUGGCGGUACCUCACCGCCAGGUGGAACAGCCUCCUCUCACCGCCCCGGUCAACAGGAAGAACAGAGAGCCCUUGCACCUGAGGCCUGGGAAAGGAGAUUCUUUCACGACACCAGUGUCCACCAGCUGGAGAGAGGAGCCGUCAGUGAACGGUGGAGGGUGGCCAGAUAUCUCCAUGAAGCUGCCCACCCAUAUAUGCUCUUCAGAUGGAGAGAAGUGGCCGGCCAUCCCUAAAGGACCCCGACACUUGAACUCUGAACCCACCUGGAGACAGGACACUGAAGGGUCGUGGAGUGGGGUUGAUGGGAGGAUGAAGACUGAAAUAAACACAUUACCCUCUGUACUUGGACUGAAGACUAUAGAGCACAUCACCCAUCCUGCCUCUGAGCUGCAGUGGGAAUGCCCCUCUCCUUCUGAUGAGUGGUCAGGAUUAAGCGGUAUUGCAGCAGCGGACCCCAGCUCAGACUGGAACGCCCCUACAGAGCUUUGGGGGAACUAUGAGGGACCCCCGGUGGUAGAGGCCCCCGGCCCCCCGCCCCAGGACCCUGCACCCAACCACCCCCAGGGGGCACAGGGGUCAGACGAUGACAAGGAGAAGGAUGACUCUGCCGGGGGGGCUGCCAGGUCCAAGAAAAAGAAGAAGAGGAAGAAGAAAGCCGAGGAAGGUGGUCCUACAGGCCAGGUGACCUCUGACAGCAUGACAGUCACACCAGUGGAGAGUUCAGCACCAGCAGGGACCAAACAGUCCAUCUCCCAGCCGUCCUCACAGAAAAUAUCCGACCCGAGCUCCGAUGCUCCCAAGCCGUCCCAGAAGAAGAAGAGCCGGAAAGAGACAGGAAGUUAAGAAACAAGAACCCACAUGAAUUAUUAUGCAAAAGGAUUGUUCAAUGUGUUAUAAAUGCAAUCAAUAAUUUGCAAGUACAGACUUUUAUACAGAAUAGUUUGACUGUACUUUUUAAAUAUCCCCCAAAAAGAGAGAGAAAAGCUCAUUUAGCUGGGGACUGGUCCUAUCAGCCUAAUCUAACCUAUUUACACUAAAUGCUACACUGAAGUGGAAUAAGGGGUUUAGGAGGGAGGUUGUUAACUUGCGGUGAGGUAGAAGUUUGUGAAUUAUUCAAAAGUAGCCUGUGUACCGGAGUCCUCGCUAGCUAGCUGGUACAGUGUCGUCGUCCCCCCCCCCCCCCACCUCCUGCCUGUGUACCGGAGUCCUCGCUAGCUAGCUAGUACAGUGUCGCCCCCCACCUCCUGCCUGUGUACCGGAGUCCUAGCCAGCUAGCUAGUACAGUGUCCCCUCCCGCCUGUGUAUCAGAGUCCUAGCCAGCUAGCUAGUACAGUGUCCCCCCCACACCUCCUGCCUGUGUAUCAGAGUCCUAGCCAGCUAGCUAGUACAGUGUCCCCCCCACACCUCCCGCCUGUGUAUCAGAGCCCUAGCCAGCUAGCUAGUACAGUGUCGCCCCCCACCUCCCGCCUGUGUAUCAGAGUCCUAGCUAGCUAGCUAGUACAGUGUCCCCCCCCCCCACCUCCCGCCUGUGUACCGGGGUCCUAGCUUAAAUAUGGACCAAUUGAAGUAUAAAGAGGGGUGAAGAUAUGAAGUACUUAGACACCAGUAGAGACAGUAUGACAUGAAGUACUUAUAGACACCAGUAGCGACAGUAUGAGACAUGAAGUACUUCCAGACACCAGUAUGAGACAUUAAGUACUUCCAGACACCAGUAUGAGACAUGAAGUACUUCCAGACACCAGUAGAGACAGUAUGAGACAUGAAGUACUUCCAGACACCAGUAUGAGACAUUAAGUAUUUAGACACCAGUAGAGACAGUAUGACAGGAAGUACUUCCAGACACCAGUAUGAGACAGGAAGUACUUAGACACCAGUAGUAUUGUGCUCCGCUGUGUAUGAGAGGGUUCUUAUCUUAACCUCUCUUCUUCCAUCCUAUCUGGUGGGAAAAGGCCGUGCCAUAUGUACAGAACACAAGGGCUUUUCCUAAUGUGUCAUUUUUCUGGGAUUGAUUGCACUGUCAGGCUGGAUCUUAUAUGUUAUCUUUGUCUUUUCAUGAUUGUUUUUUUUUUAAAAGACCGUUUAGCAGAAUGUGAAGGUGUAAUUCCUGGUUGUGACUUUAGUUGGAAGUCAAUGUGCUGAUAAGGGAGGGGAGGUACUGAAGAUGAGACGACGUGUGGAGCAGCUUUAAUUCCAUGUCAGUCAUUUUAAAGGUAUCAGGAACUGAAUUGUAUUGCCUUAACCUGUAGUAUAUUAGUAUGUGCAUUUAUUUACAUCUCUUUUGUGAUAGUUUUCAGACCAAGGGCUGGAGAGUUACCACAUCCAUCCUCUUGCAAGUUUGGUUCUAAAAAAAAUGUCUUGACUGACGACCGUACUCAUACAGUAUGAUUUAAAGAAUGGGCGGGUUACUACUUCUGAUUGGUACUUUAUCACUCACUGUAUAUAGCCUUGAAUGAGCGGAAGGACUGGGCUUGAAGAUUUGAGGGCUGACAGCCUGCCUACGCUUUAGCUGAAAUCAAAUGGACUGUAAUUAUUGGUAGCUUUUGAGUGUGUAAAGAAGAGCGUUGCCGAAUGGAGGCUCUUAGCUCAGUGUUUUACAGCCCAUAGUUCUCUGUAGACUAGAUCAGUCAUGUCUGGUGGCGCUGCACUCACCUGACUCUCUCUGUUGAUCAUUAACCUUUUUAAAAGAUGAUUCAAUCAUGUAUUUAUACCUUCUCCUUUAGAAGAAUCAUUUAAGAAUGAUUUUGUUUAUGAAGAAAUGCAAUGAUUUUUCAAGGUUUGUUGAAAUAAAACAAUAUAACUCCUAA